AUGGAGGUCCCAACCGCAAGCUCGCUGCACGACAUAUACCCCGACGAUGCCGUUUCCGUCCAGCAGAAGCGCUGGGAGCAUCUCCUGGCCUCUUUCAAGGACCUGUACGGCAAGCAAGCCGACUUCGUGUCCCGCAGCCCCGGCCGCGUGAACAUCAUUGGCGAGCACAUCGACUACUCGCUCUACGAGGUCCUGCCCAUGGCCGUGACCGCCGACGUUCUCAUCGCCGUCGCCGUCCGUCCCGCCUCCGAGGCCCCACGAGUCCGCAUUGCCAAUGUCAACCCGGAGAAAUUCCCUACCCGCGAGUUCGAGAUUCCGGCUCAUGGGGAGGUUCCCAUCGAUGCAUCUGCACAUGAAUGGACCAACUACUUUAAGUCCGGCCUGCGCGGCGCGGCUAAGCUGCUGGCCAAGAAGAAGGGCAAGGCUGAGUUUGCAUCAGUGGGCAUGGAUAUUCUGCUCGAUGGCACAGUCCCGGCCGGAGGCGGUCUGUCAAGCAGUGCAGCCUUCGUGUGCGCUAGCGCUCUUGCCGUCAUGCGGGCCAACGGAGAGGAGAAGGUUGACCAAACGGAGCUAACAGAGGUGGCUAUUGUUUCGGAACGUGCUGUGGGUGUGAAUUCUGGCGGCAUGGACCAGUCUGCCUCUGUCUUCUCUCAACGCGGGAGUGCCCUCUAUGUCUCAUUCAAGCCCUCGCUUUCCACGAGAUCCGUGUCCUUCCCCCACACGGAUCCGGAGCUGACCUUCGUGAUCGCUCAAUCUUUUGUGGCUGCGGACAAGCAUGUCACCGCCCCAGUCUGCUACAACCUGCGCGUUGUCGAAUGCACUCUGGCCGCAGCUUUCCUCCACAAGGCAUUCAACCUGAAGAAACCGCUCCCUGAGGAUUCAUCGCCCCUGGGCAUCAGUCUGCGUGGCUUUCAAGACACAUACUUCGAGGAGAAGGAGGGCAAGGCGGAUAACACUCAGACGCCGCUGCCGGAAUUUCAGAAGCAGCUGGAGCAACUUCUCACUCUAUGCGAGGAUUACCUUUCCCAGGAAGAUGGAUAUACCCGUGAGCAGAUUGCUGAGAUGCUUGGCGUCAGCGUUGAUGAACUCAAGCAGCGCUUCGAGUCCAAGUUCGCUGUGCGUGCGGAGCGUUUCAAACUCAAACAGCGCGCCAUGCACGUCUUCAGUGAAUCCCUGCGCGUCGCCAAGUUCCUCCACCUGCUGGACAACCCGCCGGCAUCCGAGGAUGGCAAGACGACCGAGCUACUGCAGCAACUGGGAGCCCUGAUGAACGAGACGCAGGAAUCUUGCCGUGACCUGUACGAAUGCAGCUGCCCUGAGCUUGACCAGCUUUGCGAGCUGGCCCGCAGCGCCGGCGCCGUCGGUAGCAGGUUGACUGGCGCUGGCUGGGGUGGAUGCAGUGUGCAUCUCGUGCCCAAGGACAAGGUUGAGAAUGUCAAGGCGAAGUGGGUGGAGAAAUACUACAAGAAGCAUUGGCCCGACAUUUCGGACGAGAAGCUCGAGUCCGCGAUCGUCGUCAGUAAGCCUGGUUCUGGCAGCUCAGUAUUCAAGGUCCUUGGCGACACUGUUGUCUGA